CAUCCAUCACCCUCUCUCUCCCUCUCUCUCUCCCUCUCUCUCUCUCUCUCUCUCUCUCUCUCUCUCUCCUUCCUCUGUUGUCUUUUUAAUGUAACUUCUGACUGAUCGGGAGAGCAGGGAGCGUCUGGAAAGCCUGGUCCGGCGACUCCAUCUCUGAUGAAGGAUCUGCUCGAGCGGUGUUCCGUUUAAAGCUGGACACACAAGACAGAAAGGAUCAGAUUGUGUAUUUUUGGGGAUAACGUUGCUUUCCUCCGAGGAUUUUGGCUCAGUGUUGUCUGUCUUUAUGUUUCCCCACUGUGGAUGUUAUAGUGCAUUAUCUCGGGCUGAAUGAAGCUUUCUUUUUGGAUUUCCACCGCGCCGAGGUUGUUCCUGGGUCACUGCCCAUUCUUUACUUGUGAGGUCGCGCGUUAUAAUUAUAUUGCCGUUAUUUUAUGAGCUCUAUUCGCAUUUCGAGGCGUAACUUGUAUUUAAUUUAGUCGAACAAUGCCGCAGUUUCCUUGAAAGUGUACUAGUCAUUCAUGCAGACAGAUCGCGUGCGUUAAUUAUCGCGUAAAAAGAGGAAAGUUGGGCGCGCAAAGUUUUGGAGACGGUCGAUAUGGCUAUGGUGGCGUGGAGAAACACCGAGGGCGUCGGGGACACCCAGGGGACCCUCUCUUCCCCGGUGUCCCAGGUCGCACCUCUGUCUCUGCCCGGGGAGCUGACGGGACACAUGAACCCGGCGCCCUCUCUGGAAAUACCCCCGGCGGCAGCAGCACCCCAGGGCGCACCGCCGCCCAAUCCGUCCAGCACCGCCGCCGCCACCAACAAUAACAACAACACCACCACCUCUUCCUCCUCCUCCUCCUCCUCCAUGGACAAACAGCAGAGCCAGCAGAUCGAGUGCAUCGUGUGCGGGGAUAAAUCCAGCGGGAAGCACUACGGACAGUUCACAUGUGAGGGAUGUAAGAGCUUCUUUAAACGCAGCGUCAGGAGGAACCUGACCUACACCUGCAGGGCCAACAGGAACUGUCCCGUAGACCAGCACCACCGCAACCAGUGCCAGUACUGUCGCCUCAAGAAAUGCCUCAAAGUCGGCAUGAGGAGGGAAGGUACGGGCUGGCGUCCUCCUGUUGUUACUAUCGCUGUCCAGAGAGGCAGACUUCCCACCCAGUCUUACCACGGCCAGUUCGCUCUGACAAACGGAGACCCUCUGCAGUGUCACUCCUACCUGUCGGGCUACAUCUCUCUCCUGCUGCGGGCCGAGCCCUACCCGACCUCCAGGUUCGGCUCUCAGUGCCUGCAGAGCAACAACAUCAUGGGCAUCGAGAACAUCUGCGAGCUAGCGGCCCGGAUGCUGUUCAGCGCCGUGGAGUGGGCCCGCAACAUCCCCUUCUUCCCGGACCUGCAGGUGACGGACCAGGUGGCCCUGCUCCGCCUCACCUGGAGCGAACUGUUCGUCCUGAACGCCGCACAGUGCUCCAUGCCCGUCCACGUCGCCCCACUGCUGGCCGCCGCCGGCCUCCACGCCUCCCCGAUGUCCGCGGACCGGGUGGUGGCCUUCAUGGACCACAUCCGGGUCUUUCAGGAGCAGGUGGAGAAGCUCAAGGUGCUGCACGUGGAUUCGGCAGAGUACAGCUGCAUCAAGGCCAUCGUGCUGUUUACCACAGAUGCUUGUGGUCUGUCGGACGUGGCCCACGUGGAGGGUCUUCAGGAAAAAUCCCAGUGUGCUUUAGAAGAGUAUGUGAGGAGCCAGUAUCCCAACCAGCCUAACAGGUUUGGGAAGCUGCUUCUCCGCUUGCCUUCCCUCCGCACCGUCUCUUCUUCUGUCAUAGAGCAGCUUUUCUUCGUCCGUCUGGUGGGGAAAACCCCCAUAGAAACACUGAUAAGGGACAUGCUGCUGUCCGGAAGCAGCUUCAACUGGCCCUACAUGCCUAUUCAAUAGAGGAAAAAAGCUACAGUGGUGCUAUUAAGGUCAGGAAAAGGUCCCACACCUCAAACCAAGUCAUUCCAGUGCACCGUAAAAUCUCUGUUGCUUUGAACAAGGGAAAAAAACUGCCAGUGGAAAUUAGAUAAUUACAGGCUUUUCCAAUGUAAAAGAAUGACCUCAAUUCACAUGUAUUCUUAUACCAACCGCCAUUUUCUUGAUAGCCUACCAGAGGAGAGAUCUGCCUUAUUCCUCAUUGCGUCCCUGUUUAUCUAGAAAGGUCCCUGAAAUAAGUCGACCGUUUUGCCGACAUUAAACAAUUUGAACCCAGAAUUUUUUACUUGUUCAAAGAGAAACAAUGUUUUACGAAAUGAGAUGACUGGUUAUGAUGGACAUCUUUUGCAGUGUGGUGACCACUCACAGUCUAUGGUUUUUGGGAUAACAAACAAUAUUUAUUGGACCCUGUGUGUAUAUUUAUCGUGCUUGUAAAUUAUGUUUUGGCUCCUUUUUUAAAUGUUUUAUGUAUUUUUGGCCCGGCCAGUGAGAAAACUGCAGGGAUUGUCUUGUGUCGAUCUGCUAUGUUUUUUGUUUUUUCUCUUUUUUUGUUUUUCUUUCAUAUACCUUCCAGACAUGGCACUUUGGACUAAAGGAACAUUUCAGAAAGAUUUAAUACAGGUGUUUGAAACCCAUCAUCAUCUGACUUUAACCUAUUUGCUCAAUUGUGUACAGCCAGAACGGUGAGAUUAAUGCUGUUUUAGUUAUUUUGGAUUCAUAUUCUAUUUGCAUUAUCAACAUACAAUGAAUGAGAAGAAGAAAAACAAAAUAAAUGUUUGGAAAAUGCCCUUAUCGUGAUCAGGGUUUGGUUGCGCCGAGUAAUGCGUUACUCCUUUCAUAGAUAAUAUCAUUACGUUCUCAGAUGAAUACAUCUUUCAUAUUUUAGUUAAUACUUGAUGGCAGGUGUAAUUAUGUCCUCUCGCCAUAAAGUUUCUGUUCUACUCUUUUUGCCUUCUAAGACCAAUAUUAAAAAAAAAAAAAUCUCUUUUGAACAAUCAAAAAGCUGAGAACAUCUUGUUUAUUUCUCAUCAAAUUAGUGAAUUUUGCCACUCAGAGUAAUUCAGAUUUUCUGUUAUUUCUCAUCUAAACAGAGAUGAUUACAAGGCUAAGUAUGGCAAAAAUAAAUACGGGGGAGGAGGCUGAAUGUUAGAUAGCUGUAUGUUUAUCUGAUAAUUUUAUAUGUCGAGGAAGUCAAAUUGUUUCCUUUGGACUGGUAACUUGUUUCAGGGAAAAGUAAUGACAUUAUUUUACUGGAUUAACGAUUAAUGCAUUACCAAACACUUCUCAUUCCUGUAUGUUUCCAGGUCUUUUACACUGACUGUCUCAGAGAGAUUUUUAGAGCACUGGGCCUGAUGUAUACUGUAACGACAGUUUCUUAAUGGGAUAAAUGAACUGUACGCAACUUCCCAGUUCAAGUAACAAAUCUGUUUCAUUAUAAGUCAUGCAUUUAUGAGCCCAGGCCGCUUUAUGGCACAAUAGACCACUGCAGGGUAUUGCUGAACUGAAAGUGUGUGUGUAUGUGCGUGUGUGCGUGCGUGUGUGUGUGUGUGAGAGAGAGAGUGUGUAUUUGUGUUUACUUCUUUUUGACAACCACUCUGAUGUACUGUGAAAGCAUAUUGGUUAACAUAUUGGUACCGUAUUAAAUUAUAACUCAAGAUUUAUAAAUAAAGUGUAUUUGGUUUAUUUUGCCAUUUCAA